UGUCAAACUUUUAUAUUUAUUGUUUAUUUCGGCUAUUUAAAAAUACUUGUGGCCAAAAAAGGAAGCCACAGUAUAAUUUCAGACAUGCAAUCCAAGACAUCUUCUUAUUUAGCGAACCUCUUGCAGUUUUGCAUAGACAAGAAAGUCCACAGGGCUGGAAAACUCUUGCAUGCCUACGUUCUUCGUACCAACCAGUUUUCUAACACUUUCCUCGUUAAUCGUCUGAUCGAGCUCUAUUCAAAAUGUGGGCACACAGCUUCCGCUCACUGCCUGUUCAAUCAAAUGCCUUCAAGAAACAUAUACACUUACCACGCAGUUUUAGAUGCCUAUUGCAAAUCAAAUGACAUAGAAAAUGCGUAUGAAGUGUUUGCUCAAAUGCCCGAGAGGAAUAGUGUAACUUGGAAUUUAAUAAUCACCACGUUAUCGCAUAAUGGUUUUGAAAAGAAGGCUUUGGAGAGUUUUUAUUUGAUGAGGAUGGGUGGUUUUGAGCCAACACGUUUCACGUUGGCAAGUGUUCUAAGCGCUUGUGGGGGUGUGAGUGAUGUGGAGUGUGGGAAGGAGUGCCAUGGUGUUGCUAUCAAACUUGGGCUUGAGGGGAAUUUUUUUGUGGGCAAUGCUUUAUUGGGAAUGUAUGCCAAAUGCGGAUUUGUUUGGGAAGCGGUUGAGAUUUUUAAGGGCUUGCCAGAGCAUAAUGAGGUGACAUUUACCGCUAUGAUGAAGGGGCUAAUGGAAACUGACCGCAUCCACGAAGCAUUUGACAUGUUCAAGUUGAUGCAUAGAGUAGGGAUCAGUAUAGAUUCCGUGUCACUGUCAAGUGUUUUAGGUGUUUGCGCUAAAAGUAGUUUUGAAGAUUUUGUUGUAUUUAAUGACAAUGAUGGGAAUUGGCAUAAUGUGCAUGGAAAGCAAAUACAUGGACUUGUUAUUAAACUCGGAUUUGAAAGAGAUCUGCAAUUAAAUAAUUCACUGCUAGAUAUGUAUGCAAAACAUGUAGACAUGGAGUGUGCUGAAAUGUUAUUCGAUAAUAUGUCUGAAGUUAGUGUUGUUUCAUGGAAUGUUAUGAUAGGUGGUUUUGGCCAGAAAUACAAUAAGGAAAGAGCAAUGGAGUACAUGGAAAAGAUGAAGAACCAUGGAUUUGAGCCCAAUGAGGUUACACUCAUCAAUAUACUUGCUGCUUGUGUGAGAAGUGGGGAUGUUGUAACUGGGCGUCAGAUGUUUGAAGAUAUGUCAUGCCCAAGUUUGAGCUCAUGGAAUGCUUUACUAUCAGGCUAUUCACAGAAUGAGCACCAUGGGGAGGCAUUGAUGCUUUUUAGAGAAAUGCAGUUCAAAAAUGUCCAACCUGAUCGAACAACUUUUGCAAUUGCUCUCAGUUCAUGCGCACAAAUGGGGCUUUUGAAUGGUGGAAAGCAAGUUCAUGCUGCCUUAUUGAAGGAUGUGGUUUAUGCUGAUUUAUAUGUUGCCAGUGGACUCAUUGGUUUGUAUUCCAAGUGUAGUAAGAUAGAAAUGGCAAAACAUGUUUUUGAUGAGCUGCCCCAGAAUGACAUUGUAUGUUGGAAUUCCAUGACGGCUGGUUUAUCUCUCAAUUCAUUGGACGCAGAAGCUUUUAUUUUUUUCAAGCAAAUGCUAGGAAAAGGGAUAUUGCCAACUGAAUUUUCUUUUGCUACUGUACUGAGUUGUUGUUCGGCUUUAACUUCUUUGUCUCUAGGGAGGCAGAUUCAUGAUCUAUUAGUAAAGUAUGGAUUUGCAGUCGAUGUUUAUGUAGGGAGUGCUCUUAUUGGUAUGUACUGUAAAUGUGGUGAUGUGGAUGCGGCCCGGUGGUUUUUCGACAAGAUGCCCUGCAGAAACACUGUAACCUGGAAUGAGAUUAUUAAUGGUUAUGCACAAAAUGGACGUGGAGAUGAAGCUGUUAAUUUAUUUGAAAACAUGAUUCUAACUGGUAUCAAACCUGAUUACAUAACCUUUAUUGCUGUUUUAGCAGCUUGUAGUCAUUCUGGAUUGGUAGAUUCUGGAAUAAAACUAUUCAAUUCAAUGCAGCAAGAACAUGGUUUAGAGCCACUUGUGGAACAUUACACUUGCAUUAUUGAUUCUCUAGGUCGUGCUGGUCGGAUAAAUGAAGUAGAGGCACUUAUAGAUAAGAUGUCAUGCAACGACGAUCCAGUUGUUUGGGAGGUCUUGCUCAGUUCUUGUAGGGUUCAUGCCGAUGUAAACUUAGCAAGGAGGGCAGCGAAUGAGCUUUUCCGCCUGGAUCCAAAGAAUUCUGCUCCAUAUGCACUUCUUGCCAGUAUUUAUUCAUCUUUAGGGAGAUGGGAUGAAGUGAAAGAAAUCAGAGAAAUGAUGAUAGAAAGGCAGGUUUCCAAGGAUCCAGGUUAUAGUUGGGUUGAACAGAAAACCAGAUUGCAUACAUCCAUGGUUAUAUGAAUUGAACUUCUGAUCACGAUUAUGAACCAGCAAAUGGCGAAGAAAUCUUUCUUGUGCUCAGGUCGUGGUGCAAUAAUCUCUGUAACUACUGUCCUUCCUCGUGCAAAAUGCAGAGACAGCUAGAUUUUCAAUCCCCCAACUCUAAAACUAAACAUUGGAUUUUAAAAGAACUUCUAUCUCAUUCCUUUGACAGAACUAGUAUGGAACUUUCAAGCUUUUGAAUGUCAUAGAGCGAGCUUAAGGUUGACUUUGUAUUGUUUCGACUUAGAACACUGUUGCAUGACUGCUUGAAUCUGGGAGACAAUUUCAGUCUCCAAUUGACAGUUCACAGACAAAAAGGUGACAAUUUGCUUGUACCUGUUGCCAAGAUGUGCUGUUUUCUAUGCUUCCAUCCUAUGAAACUCUUGAAGGAGGUUCUCUUAAUUGAAGAGAUAAUGUCUUCAGCACAACAAAGAAUGCCUGAACAUUAAUGGAAUUGGCCAUCAAUGAAGGUAUGUGAUAGGAUCCCCUGCUGCUGUACUUCAACUACUGAAAUCCCCCCUUUGCUGUUAUGGAUUAUACUAACACCCAGAUGCUGGCUGCUGCUGAUCUAGGAGAAAUGUUAGGCAAUGAUUUGCUGAAUUGUAAAUAGAUUUAUUGAAAUUCAUAGAAACUGAAAAUAGAAAUUGAAAGAACAAUUUCAAGUAUUCGUGA